AUGACACCCAAACCACCCCCACCGCGCAUCCCUACGGCAGCGGAGACGCUCAAGCACCCGGCAUUCCGGACAGCCAUAUGGAGGCUCAAGCCGGAUCGCAAGGGAUUGGCUGCGGUAGGAAACGGCCGGGGCGGGCCGUUCAGGAUCUCAUGGGAGAUCCAUGGCGUUGGCCCCAUCAAAGUUGUGCUCAUCAUGGGCCUGGGCGCUCUCAAAUCCGCCUGGCAGCGCCAAACUCUCCACUUCGGCCACGAGCGGCGCGACGAGUACUCCGUCCUGCUGUUCGACAACCGCGGCGUCGGCGAAAGUGACAAGCCCUUCAUGCGGUACAGCACCAGCGAAAUGGCUCUAGACAUCGCCGAGCUCCUCGCCGACCCUGCUGUCGGUUGGCUGCCUUCCUUCCCCCUCCCGUCUUCCCCGUCCGACCCGCCCGCGGCCCGCACCCUGCAUGUCGUCGGGACCUCGAUGGGCGGGAUGAUCGCGCAGGAGCUGGCCGUGCUCAUCCCACACUCACUUGCCUCUCUGUCGCUGAUAGGCACGGCGGCGGCUGUGGAGAACACGACGACGUUUACGGAGAAUAUCAUGAAGAUUGCCUCGAUGAUUCUACCUAAGGGGGGAGAUCGCUCGAUGGCGGAUGCGACGCGAUCGAUCUUUGCGCAUGAGUGGAUCAGCCUGCCAGACGACGUCCACUUGCCCGACCCGGCCACCACGCCCGGGUGCUUGCCACCGUUUGCCGAUAGUCUCUCAUCGACGGAGGGCACGGGGGGCAAUGAUGACAAGUACCUCCGGUUCGAUACCAACGCGCAGCGGUUCGUGGCGCAGGAACUGCACAAGCAGAUGGACCCGGCGGGUGGGCGGUUCAAGCUGAAGGGGUUUAUCCUGCAGCUGAUUGCGGCGGGGUGGCAUCGGAAGAGUCCGGAGCAGUUGGCCGCGAUGGCGGAUGCGGUCGGCCGGGAACGGAUUUUGAUCAUGCAUGGGGUCGAGGACGGGAUGAUUACGAUUCCGCAUGGGCAUAAGCUGAUUGACUAUGUUAAGCCGGAGAAGGGGUUGGUGCUGGAGGGGCUAGGUCAUGCGCCGCUGCUGGAGAGAUGGAAGUGGUUUCAUGAGUUGUUGACGGAGCACUUUUUGGCAGGGGAGAAGUUGAGUGGGCGGGGAUAG